CAAGAGAAUCAGCUGUCACAUCCGCCCGAUCUCUUCAUGGCCUCAGGCAUGAUCCUUCGGGACCCGGAGCCGUGUGAGGUGACGCCCAAGAGAAGGGCGAAGAGGCGGAAGGAGUCGCUGGCCUUCAGCUCAGAGAAGAGUUUGGAGGGCAUCUACUUGGCGGGUGCCACGGGCGUGCGGAACGGCGAGCAGGAAUGCCUUCGACAGCUAGAGCUGGACGCCAAGACCCUGCGCUUUGAUUCCGAGCCGCAGCUCGAGGCCUUGCGGCGCCUGGUCUCGCUGGCGCGCGCCGCGGCAGAGGCCAACCAGGAGCCUCUGGCGGAGAUCAUUAAGGCCCAGAAGGUAGAAGAAAUCUUUCGAGCCAGGCUGAGAAAAGGAGAGGCUUGUGAGCACAGCCUGGCAGUGCAAGGCUUGAACUCCUUGGUGGCGUUCAAGGGCAUGUUCCCUUGGGCCGAGAAGUUCACGAGAGCGCUGCAGCAUUUUGAGUCCCUGGCCCGGAAGGAUGGCUUUGAGGCGGUGAAGGGCCUGUUGCCCUUCAUUCACGCUCAAUGCGACCUUCGGAAGGAGGUCCAAGAUUGCCAAAAGCUCAUUGAGUCGGAUGCACCGAAUCACCAGACAGUGGCUGCAAAGGAAAAGCUGAAAGAACUUGAGCAAGGCGGUUCUGGACUUGAUUUGGACUUCUUCCUCAAGAACAACCUUUUGGGGCAUUUGGUGGAUGCGGCUCGAGUGCGUAAAGGUGGUCUUCCUGCUCGUAAGGAGUGGAUCAAUCUCUUCUUGGUGCUCCGGCAGAGCCUGGACAAAAGUGGCGCGAGCUUCCCGAGCUGGGAGCUCCUAAAAGAGGCGGCGGCCGUGGCCGAGGGUGUGCAGCUCAUUACCAGUGAGUCGUGCUAUACAGGCCGCGCUCAGCGGCGCCUUCGGCUGAAGGGCGAUCUAACCGCCCAGCAAUUGCGGGAGAUGCGCGAGCGCUGGCGACUUGUUGCAAAUCGCUUUGGUCUUGAAAGAUCCCGAAGCUCCAGAAACGUCCGAAGCCCAAACUCUGGAGGAGCAGGCACAGCUGUUCUUGCACCUUGGCGGUCCUGAAAGCUUCAUGUUCCUAGUGCGAGUCGCCGCGUCCUACUGCCGCCUGGACUUGGCCGAGGAGGUCUCCGGCACCUGGCAGCUCCUCGCCGAGCGGUUCGGAGGGACCAUCCCGUGGCAGCCGCCGAACAACGAGAGCGACGAGAGCCGCGAGAGCCGGCUGGAGGCGUUGCUGGAGUCCUUCAAAGGUGCUGAGCGCAAGCGGAAGAGGAAUGCGCAGGGGUUGAAUUAGAUGGGGUGGUUGCCGAAUUAGAAAGCACACGUGAGCUCACGUUCGUUUGGAAGUCUGGGGGAUUUCUGAG